ACUCAUCACAGCUCUCGAAUCGAUUCUGGAUCCUGUUCGGUCGUCCAGCACCUUGGUUUGCCAUUUUUAUAAAAGCGCACUAUUCUCAAUUUUGCUCCAGAGCAGAUAUAAAAUGGCGCAAAGCGCCGUUGGCAGGCUCUUCCGCUGCCAGAACAGCAGCUACCUGCGUCAAUCCAUUGGAUCUAUUACACAAUAUCGUACAUAUUCGCAUAAUGCAAUUCCCACCUUCCCUCCGACAUCUUCCCCCGAACUAGACCAGGCCCUCAAACGUUUCCGAGAAGAGCUUUUUAUACCUUUUGGCUUGAAUACCGAGCAAAGAAGGUUAAUGUUUCGACGGAAAUAUGCGGAGAAACUUGAGCAGCAACCAGUGACGGUAAAUAUUGGCGACAACGAUGAGCCUUACCAACUUCGGCCCAUGGAUCCGCUGUCCAGACCACCAAAGAAAGAAUUCAAGGACGUUGUCUUGCUCAUGAAGACCAGGAAAGACUGGCAGAACCUUGCACCUUUCCUUGGCGGGCUACAGACGUCGAAGAGACCAUUGAGCCUCGCGAACUGGGAGUGGACUGUGCGCAAAGCUGGUGAAGCCGACGCACUCGGUGCCAUCCUCGAAUGUGCGAAGCAGACGGAACGGACCGGUCUUCGAUUGGACAACAACGGAAUCGUCCAGCGUGUCUUCUUCGAGCUCCACAAGAAAGCUCAGAAGGGGCAGUUCAAGGAUCCUGCAGUCUCCAAGGCGCUUGGCAUGGCUAAGCAGUUUGCCGCGUUGAUGGAAGCUCCGGAGCAUUCCCGGAGGAAUGUCCAGGACAUAAAAGAAGAUCCCAAACGACAACCAUUUGUCAUUGGUACUCUUCUUGAGCUUAGCGCUGCUCGUGCUGUGAACGAACUGGGAGGCAAGGAUGAGUCCGGCGAUGUGUAUGCCUAUGCUCAGCGCCUCAUGGCGAACUGGGAGGCAGGCAACUUUUUCCGCGAUGCCACGGACUGGUUUACAGUCGAUCGCAUGCUCCAGGAGAACGUGCCUAUCUACAACGGAAUUACGCUCGCCCUUCAGGUUAAGGGCGUCGCAAAUGACAAAGCUGUGUCUGGUCCUCUGAAGAGACGCCUGAACCACUUGCGUCUAUUGAUUGCCAACCAUAAGGAAAUGGCCCCCGAGAAUGUCCAGCAAAAGCCGACUCUGGGCUACCAACAAAGCCAGCUCCUGCAUUAGCCUUGACUGUUGCAUCACCACUGACUUCUUCAUGAUAUGUAUAUUACCACCUUAGAAUUUGUUCCAAUAUUGUAUUUGCCGUUCCUCCUAUCUUGUGGAUUGGCGGCGCUCACCGCGAGAAAUCAAAGGACUAGCGAUGCAACUUGUAUACCGCGAGUGGCUCAGUAGCCUAUGGGAAAAAAGAAAAAGGGCGCGCUCGAAAUACAUGCACUGUCAACGUCAUAACUCGAGAUACGGAUAGUUUCAAAGAGAAAGCUCCAAGGUGUUGUCCUCUCGUAUGCGGCCCCGCGACGAAAGAUUGGUUUUACCGGAGACAACAGCGGGGCCAG